UGUCUGGUAUUACUUUAAUAGUUUUGUGUUUGUGUUUAAACUCUUCAUCUACGGAUUGGGUCGCAAAGCUUCUUCCAGUUUCAGCUUAAGUGAAGUCUCUUGUGCCUUCCCUUAUUUAUCUUGUCUCUCUCUCCUUUAGUUUGCGGGGCUCUUCUCACGUUUCCAAAGCCUUUCCUUCUCUUUUGUUUUCUGCUUUAUACUUUUCAAUCUGUUUGGUGUUUUUGUUUCAAUAUUUCAAAAUUCUGGAAAUUCUUUUAUUUUCAACGUCCUCAGUGGCUUAUUCCUGUUUUUGUAAUAUGUUUGAGCUAUAAAUGAUCAAAAGUAUCACAUUUUCCCCGUGAAAAAAAAUGCUUAACAAAAUACUUGAAAAGGGAAUUGAUAUGCCUUGGGUCUUUAAUUGUUAAAAAGUGCUAUGUGGAAAUCUUUAUUAUUUUUUUGUUUAAUUAAAAAUUAAGUUCAAAAACAGGGUCCCGGAACUAAUUCCUUCUGUACUAUAAUUACCAAGUGAUCUUUAGGACAUCCAUAUUUAUUGGUUUUGCUCAUUUUUAAAAACUUACCACGGUGCGUGUAUGACUUGGAAUUGUAUGCUGCCUCCAGGAAGAAAUUACUGGAUCACAGUACAAAUGGCUUUGAGCAUACGUUUUGCAUAGUUUUGAAAAUUAGGCGUUCCAUACACGAGAGAGCCACUGCCGUGAUAUUCAUUUUAUGACUCGUACUUGCCUGAGUCAUUAUACCGGUUGCACUGUUAUGCUUUCGCCUUGGAAUUCCUGUUUAAUUUGUUUGUUUUCGUUUAUUUGUAAAUUGUACAAUACCGCAAAACUACUUCUUUGCAAUACAGAGUCACAAAUGCCAAAUUAAUUCGGUACGAAGUACAUGUUCUGCAUUCUCAAGGAUAUUCGUUUGUUUGUAAAAUCUUAACUCGUUAAUUGAUUGAGCGUCUUUAGCAACGGACACCUGGUGGGUUAGGGUUGACUUUAACACGCGUUUAAGUUUUUCAAGAUUGGAAGAUGGUCAUGGUCAUUGCAGUCUUUGGUGCCACUGGCACACUUGGCAACUCUGUGGCCAGAGCCUUACUCACAGAUUCCUCCAACUUCCAAGUCCGUGCUGUCACGCGUGACCCCAACAAACCCGAGGCAACAGCCCUGGCGGACAAGGGGGCAGUGGUUAUCAAGGCUGACAUGAACAACCGCGAGAGUCUGGUGCCAGCCCUUAAGGGAGCUGAUGGCUGCUUUGUAGCAACUAGCAUGCAGCUGUCAGACCCAUUGUGCCAGCAGCUUGAAUAUCAGCAGGGAGAAUGCGUAGCUGAUGUCUGCAUGGCAAUGAAGGUGCCGCAUAUUGUUUUCAAUGCUCAAAACCAUGUCAGUAAAGUUAUUGGAGUCAAAGCCAGACACUACGAUGCUAAGGCGUGCAUCAACGACUACAUGAAUGAGAGGGAGCUUCCGUUGACUAGUAUUAUCCUUCCGUUUGCCUAUGAAAACUUCCUUGGUGACUUUAAGCCGCAGAAGCUCCAGCAGCAGGAAUAUUCCAUAGGUAUUCCGAUGGGAGAUCUCUCUUUGAACAUGCUGAGCAUCAAGCAGAUUGGGGAGGCAGUGCGCUACAUCUUCUACAAUAAGACCAGCACAGUGGGGAAGACAUUUUCCCUGGUGGGAGACAAACUGACGGUCAGAGAGAUUGCGUCUAUCUUAACCACUCACCUGAGACCCCAUGUGGUCAGGGAUGCAAAGGUUACACUGCCCGAGUUUCAUAGGCAGAACAGCUCCAAACCUGGCAAUGAGGACAUCACCAAUAUGUUUGACUUCAUACACAAGGUGACCCAGAGGUUCAGCAUAGAGACCACUAGGAAGCUAAUCCCUGACCUCUUGACCUUUGACCAAUGGGCGGCCCAAAAUAAAGAAACCCUCCUGAAAAUUCUUAACAGUUAUUGAAGAAGAAUCCAUAUCUCAUGAGAAAUGGAUUUUGUAUGCAAUAACAUGGCACUCUUUUUGAGGCCCUGUGAUGCUUUUGAAAUCAUUUUCUUUUCCUUUUUCUUCAUGUUUUGACGCUGAAAUUGUACUGUGAUUUAUGUCCUUUUUUGGGAGGGGUGAAGUGGGAGAGAUGAUAAAUAUUUCUGCUUGUACAGGUACAUAUGUAAAUGCUUUUAUAAUUGAUAAUUUUUAUCAAUUGAGCUUGAUGCAUCAUUUCUCAAGAUACUUCAGAAUGGCUCUUUUAUUUUCAUAAAAACCUGAUAUAGACAUAUUUUUGAUCACUCAAAAGACUACUCUAUAGCAUUUCUAAACAUACUUAAUGUUCUAAGCACUGCUAUUUCCCUGAAGCUUUUGGGACAUUCAGGAAAUGAGCCACAUACCUUGUUGAACAAGUAAUAUCAAACACUGCAGAACAUUUUGGUAGAAGAAAUUGUACUUCACUGGUAGCAGUGAAUGUCAUUUGUGUGUUUUUUUUGUUACUUUCUUGCAGGUUGGUUGAACACUGGCAUUUUAAUACUUUAGUGUAUGCACACAAGCAUGCUACUCAAUCCAAAUGCAUUCAUUCCUACAUGGGCGUAUUAGUACCUCACUCCUAAUUUGUAUUUUUGGGGACAUUUUCCCUCAUACAAUCUCUCCACUUUUCAAUUUCACAUUUCAUUUAAGGACAUUUAAUUUCAUCAUGGAAGGUGUAAAUUGUGUGCCAGUGGAUACUUGUUUGUGUGCCAAUAUUUGUAUCGUAUUCCUGCACGUUUUGUGUAAUAUUGCAAUAAAAGGAUUUUUAUAUCA